CGUGCGGGGCUGGGCGUCCCCGAGCGCCGCUGCUCCUCAUGGCGGGCUGGGCGCCGCUGCUGCCGCCCGCGCUGCUGCUCGCCCUGCUGAGCGCCCGGCCGUGCCCCUGCGGCACCGCUCCGGCCUCCUCCUCACAGCCCGUGACCGCUCGCCUGGCGGCGAAGUGGCCGGCGACCCCGCUGCUGCUGGAGGCGAGUGAGUUUAUUGCAGAAGAUGGUAAUGAGAAGUUUUGGCAGUUCUUGGAAACUGUGCGGGAAUUAACAGUUUAUAAGCAAGGAGAUUCCGAGUACUCCUAUUACAAUUUAAUCCUGAAGAAAGCAGGACAAUUUUUAUCCAAUUUGCAAAUCAAUCUGUUGAAGUUUGCACUUUCCAUACGGGCUUACUCUCCAACUGUUCAGAUGUUUCAGCAGAUUGCAGCUGAUGAACCUCCACCAGAAGGCUGCAGUGCAUUUGUGGUUAUCCAUGAGAAGCACACCUGUAAGAUUAAUGAAAUAAAAAAGCUGCUGAAGAAGGCUACUAAGAGACCUAGGCCAUAUCUUUUUAAGGGAGACCAUAAAUUCCCAACUCUCAAAGAGGAUGGCCCAGUGGUUAUUCUGUAUGCAGAAAUGGGUACGAAAGACUUUGUCAAAUUCCACAAGAUUUUAUCUGAGAAGGCACAAAAGGAGGAAAUUGUUUAUGUUCUCCGGCAUUAUGUUCAGAAACCAAAUUCCAGGAAAAUGUAUUUAUCUGGAUAUGGUGUGGAACUUGCAAUAAAGAGUACAGAAUAUAAAGCAGUAGAUGACACACAGGUUAAAGGAGCAAAUGAGACAAAAGAAGAGGAAGAUGAGGAAGAUGAGGAAAGUGAUGUCCAAGGAUUUCUCUUUGGCAAAUUAAAACGGAUGCAUCCUGAUCUUAAAAACAAUUUGAUGGAGUUUAAAAAACAUCUAAUUGAAACUACUAACAACAUGGAACCACUGAAGGUUUGGGAGAUGCAGGAUCUUAGUUUUCAAGCAGCUACUCGAAUUAUGUCUACUCCUGUUUAUGAUGCCUUAAAGGUAAUGAAAGACAUUGCUCAGAACUUCCCAAUAAGAGCCAGAUCACUUACAAGAGUACCCGUGGACAAGAAAAUGCAAAAGGAAAUAGAAGAAAACCAGAAGCAUUUCCAUGAAACACUUGGAAUUCAACCUGGAGAAGCACGUUUAUUUCUAAAUGGCCUUCAUAUUGACCUGGAUUUUCAAGAUCCCUUUAGCAUUUUAGAGACUCUUAAACUGGAAGGAAAAGUGAUGCAUGACCUUCAUGAACUUGGAAUCAAAGGGGAGACCCUGAGUAAAUUUAUGAGGUUGCAUGUACAUCCUACAGAUAACAAUUAUGCACUAGAUAUUCGUCACUCUUCAAUAAUAUGGAUUAAUAAUAUAGAACAAGAUCACAGCUAUAGCACAUGGCCUGCAAGCUAUCAGGAACUGCUAAAACCCUCAUUUCCUGGAUUUUUACAUGAGAUUAGACGAAAUUUAUAUAAUUUGGUACUUUUUGUUGAUCCUGUCCAAGAAGAUACUGGUGGUUAUAUGAAGCUGGCAGAAUUAUUCUAUCAUCAUGAUGUACCACUUAGAAUUGGGAUAGUUUUUAUUUUAAGUACAAAAGAAGAAAUUGAUGGAAGUGAAGAUGCUGGAGUAGCUCUUUGGAGAACUUUUAAUUACAUUGCAGAGGAAUCUGACACCUCUCAGGCCUUUCUGUCGAUAAUUAACAUGUACCAUGAAGUGAAAGAUGGAAAUGUUCUGACAGUAGAUGAUGUGAAACAUGUUCUUAGGAGUGAGUACCCCCAUGCUGAUGUUCAGAGUAUCCUGGGUGUUCAUUCGGAAUAUGAUCAAGGGAGGAAGGCAGGAGCAACCUUUUAUAAGAAGAGUGGCCUGGGCCCGCUGCCUCAAGCGCUGUUUAAUGGCGUGCCCUUUCCCAGGGAGGAGAUGGAUGUGGUGGAGUUGGAGACGCUUAUUCUUCAGAGGAUUUUUGAUGCCACUGGCUUCUUUCAGCAGGCAGUGUUCAUGGGUUUGUUAGAGGAUCAUGUAAAUGCAGUGGAUUUUCUUAUGGAUCAGAACAAUGUAGUUUCCCGUAUAAACCUCAGUAUUCUUGGAGCAGAAAGAAGAUACAUACAUUUCAGAUCCACUUCUGUUCCAUUUCAUGUGGAAGACUUCUCUACUUUCUCCUUUUUGGACUCGCAAGAUAAAAGUGCUGUAAUUUCAGAUAAUAUGAAGUAUUUAACAAAAAAAGAUGAAGACACAUUGUAUGCUGUUACUGUCUGGAUUGUUGCUGAUUUUGAUAAGCCAGCUGGUAGACGCCUGCUUUCUGAUGCCCUGAAAAGCCUGAAAACAAGCAGUCAUACACGAGUUGGGAUUUUGAACAAUCCUUCAUCAAAAAUAAAGGAAGAUAACACAGCCAUUGCAAGAGGAAUUUUGGCUGCUUUUUUAACCCAAAACAAUGAUAACUUAAAAAGUUUCCUGAGUAAACUCAGUAAGGAAGAUACAGCAAAAUCCCUUGCUGCUGGAACUAAAAUUGUUAAAUUCCUCAUCCCAGGAAUGGAUGGUGAUACUUUAGAGAAGAAGUACAACACUUUAGGACUGGAUUUAAUUAAAACUCAACAGAUGUACUGCCAGGAGGUUCUGAAGCUGCUUCCUGGUCAAAUGGCUGUUAUUAGCAAUGGCAGGGUACUGGGUCCUUUAGGUGAAAAUGAAUUCUAUGUGGAAGACUUUAGUUUGUUGGAAAAGGUAACAUACAGUACCUCAGCAGAGAAGAUUAAAGCUCUUGUCAAGGAGAUGGGAAACAGUAGUAAAAGUGGCAGUGACUUGAUUAUGAAAAUAGAUGCCCUGCUGUCAUCUUUGCCUAAAACAGAGAUGAGACAAGAUCUUGACUUACUCAAAGAACAGCACAGUGUUGUAAAAGUGGCACCCCAAGAGAAUGAGCCAUUCUAUGAUGUCAUUGCUAUUGUGGAUCCAUUGACAAGAGAAGCACAGAAGAUGACCCAUUUAUUGAUUGUACUCAAGGACAUUAUCAAUAUGAAACUCAGGUUAUUUUUGAACUGCAGAUCUAAGCUGUCUGAAGUGCCACUGAAGAGCUUCUAUCGUUUUGUUCUGGAACCAGAAUUAACUUAUGGAAUCAAUAAGCACCUUCCUUCUGAACCUGUAGCAAAAUUCCUAGAAUUGCCAGAAUCACCUCUUUUGACCCUAAACAUGAUCACUCCUGAAAGCUGGCUGGUUGAAGCAGUAAACAGUUCCUGUGACCUUGAUAACAUUCAUUUGCAGGAAAUAAAAGGGGCAGUUAUAGCAGAAUACGAGCUGGAAUAUAUAUUGCUUGAAGGACAUUGCUUUGAUGUGACAACUGGACAACCUCCUCGAGGGUUACAGUUCACUCUGGGCACAAAGAAGAACCCUGUCAUGGUUGAUACUAUUGUGAUGGCCAACCUUGGGUAUUUUCAGCUGAAAGCAAAUCCAGGUGCUUGGAUACUGAGAUUGCGUAAAGGAAGAUCUGAGGAGAUUUAUCAGGUUUUUUCCCAUGAAGGAACAGACUCUGUAGCUGACCUGACAGAUGUUAUUGUGGUACUAAACAACUUCAGAAGCAAAAUUAUCAAAGUUCAAGUACAGAAAAAGCCAGAUAAAGUGUAUGAAGAUCUUCUUACAGAUGGAACAACGGGAAAAAAAGGAAAGGUGGAAUCGAUUGCAAGAUUUUCAGAAGAAAUUCCAACCGAUGAGAAGGAAAAGAAAAGUGAUAUUCUUAACAUUUUUUCUGUUGCUUCAGGCCAUUUAUAUGAACGCUUUUUAAGAAUUAUGAUGCUUUCUGUCCUACGUCACACAAAAACACCAGUUAAGUUUUGGUUUCUGAAAAACUAUCUCUCCCCAACAUUUAAGGAUGUAAUUCCUCACAUGGCUAAAAAGUAUGGGUUCAAGUAUGAGUUGGUCCAGUAUAAGUGGCCCCGCUGGCUUUAUCAACAGACAGAAAAACAAAGAAUUAUCUGGGGCUACAAAAUUCUUUUCUUAGAUGUUCUUUUCCCUUUAGCUGUGGAUAAAAUAAUAUUUGUUGAUGCUGACCAGAUUGUGAGGAGUGACCUGAAAGAGCUCAGAGACCUGGACCUGAAUGGAGCUCCCUAUGGAUACACUCCUUUCUGUGACAGCCGCAGAGAGAUGGACGGGUACCGCUUCUGGAAAUCAGGAUACUGGGCUUCCCACCUCGGCAAAAGGAAAUACCAUAUCAGUGCCUUGUAUGUUGUGGACCUGAAGAAGUUCAGGAAGAUUGCAGCUGGAGACAGGCUUCGGGGCCAGUACCAGGCUCUUAGUCAGGAUCCAAACAGUCUGUCAAAUCUAGAUCAGGAUCUUCCCAAUAAUAUGAUUCAUCAAGUAGCCAUUAAGUCUCUCCCUCAGGAGUGGCUUUGGUGUGAAACCUGGUGUGAUGAUAAAUCCAAGAAAAAGGCUAAAACAAUAGACCUGUGCAACAACCCCCAGACCAAAGAACCAAAACUAAAGGCUGCUGCCCGGAUAGUUCCUGAAUGGGUUGAUUAUGACUCUGAGAUCCGAAACUUAAUACAGCAAAUUGAAAGAGAGAAGAAAAAUCUAACAUCAUUAUUUCAAAAAGGGCUCAAGCAUGAUGAACUUUAGCACAGCCUGUGACCAGCAAUGGUGACAGCUUGAGUCUUCUGGGAAGGACUGAACAGAAUUUACAGCUGUUACAUUGGCACUAUUUGCAAUAUUCUUUAAUGUGAAGUCAAAUAUUUUAUAACUUAACGUGUUAUUUAAAACAUUUUUAAAUGCAAUACAAAAAUGAGAAAUCCACAGGUACUUGGAGGUUUGGGUUUUUUUAACCAGUAUGGAGCAGCUUCCCAAUGGCUUUGCUUUUCUUUUCCUUCUUUAAAGGAAAGUCUGCUCAGAGGACUUUGGAAUAUGAAGAAAGAUGUGUUCAGCAUUGUCAGUCCGGGGGAGGACACACACACUAAAUACCUACUUGAAAACUGUUUUGUGCAUAUUCCAUGCAUUAGGCUUACUGUAUUUAAAUAUCAAAAAUUUUGGUUAUAUGCCCUGCUUUUGGUUAUAUAGUUUUGUCCCUCAAGAAGUGCUGUGUUUGCAAUAAAGAAUUUCAUAAAAAAUAAGAUGUCUAAUUUAGACCACACAAAGAUAACUCCACAUGGAAGCUAAAGCAAGGAAUGACACUCUUCAUUUAUUAUGCAGGAUUGCUGCACUCUUAGGGAUUUUUAAAACUAAUUUUUGAUUCUUAGGCUCCUUUUGGCCUCCUAAAUAGUGUGUGAUAAAAUUCCAUUAUGGUUUUGGUUGAGGUGAUUUUCCGACCAGCAUACAUUGCAUCAGAAGGUCAGUACCUGAAAGCUGCUUCUACUCACUUCUGAUUAUCAUCAUCCUGUUUAUAACUGAAAAGAAAAUAAUAAAAUACAUGAGUAUUUUUUUGACUAUCAGUGGUGUCUCCUGUAAUUUUCUAAACCUGUACUCACAAAACUGUUGCUUUAAUAGGAUAGUGACAUUUUGAUCCCACAAAAAUUGCAGGGAAAAGUUCUUGCAAUACCCAUAUUUGAACAUGGGGGCUUUGUGUCUCAAAGUGAAAUCUAGUGCCUUAAAUACACACCCUCUUGUUCAGGCUGUGCUGGUUUCAGAAUGGGAUUGGAUGAGACCACACAUUCUUUUAAGAAGUCUUCCAGUUUAAAUGCUUGAAAUUACACAAGACCAUGUAAUUAGCACUAAGUGGGUGAAUCAGCAAGGAUUGCACAUUAUUUCCAUAGCAGCAAAUAAUUGAAUAAACAACUAGGGAAAUGAGGCAGAUUUUGUAUCCACUGUCAUUGUCCUCAGCUGUUGGUUACUUUCAAUUUCUUGCUGUAAGAGCGAGUAUUUAAAAUCACAUGUUGCUGAUAUUUUUGAAGCCAUAGUACUAAGGAAUGUGAGACAUGCAGAUUUUUUCACAGCUCUCUGUAUUUUCUGUGGUUUUACCUUCAUGCAUUCUGAACAGUUCUAACAUGUCACAUACAGGUUUUUAAAUGCCUGUUGAGGGAUUUCCUUUGUAUGAAGUACCCAGUGGAGUAUUUCCUGUGUAACCCAAUGAAAGCCUAAUGUCAGUUCCCUUUAUGUAUGACCCAUUUCAGUGCAGGAGCUGUUCUGUUAUGCUUGUUCUCUUAAUUACUUCAGGAUAUCAUGCAGCAAGUCAAACAUAUUUGAACAUCAGCUUUAAGUUGGUAUUUUUGUACCACAGAGAUGGACUUGUAAUUGGCUUAGCAGCUGCCUGUGCACCAUUACUAUAAAUGCCAUGCAUGAAAAGGAAGUAACUGAUUUGCCAUAGCAGAGGACAAAAACCCUCAAACCAUUAUUCAGCUGUUUGCUGCAUUAUUUUAUUUUGUUUUCAAAACAGUUUUCAGAUUUAUACUUCCAUCCUGCUGCCUGAGUCUGCAGCAGUAUUUCACAUGGAUCUGCCUUGGCAUUCCAAGCUUGAAGCAUAUAUUGGAAAACUUGCUUUAGGACAGAAGUUAAAGGUUCUUUAAGAAACCUUAGUUCUCUUUAAUUAUGAUUAUCUGCAGUAUAAAGUGUAGAUAAUUCAUGCACUGAUUUCAUGUUCAUUUUCUCUGUAGCAUCCUGUUCUUUUUAAAAUUGGAUUACCUCUACUGGCUUUAAAAAAAGAAAUAGUUCCUUUUUAUUUCUUUGAGAUUGCUUAAAUGAUUAGAAUGUAAUUUUAUAAAUGUAAUUUGCUGGAGAUAAUUUUGAAGAUGUAAAAGGUUUCAUGCAAUUUUCUUGUGUUUUCUAUAUUUGUACAAAAUGUCCUAGUGGUUUUUUCCCUGCAUAAUACCACUUUCAAAAAAAAGCUUUUUUUGAGAUAUACAAUGGUUUAUAAAAUAAGAAAGGUCCCACAAACAUAUUCACUACUUUUCACAGAUCUCUUUAAGGCAGCACUUUGAGUCAUUAGCAUGUCAUUAUAUUUUAACACUAAAUCCAUGGAUUGUGUAUGUUGUACAAAAUAUUAAAAGGUUCCACUGGAGGAAAAAAAGAUGGAUUGUUUUCUGCUCUCCCUUUUUGUAUUACACAAUUACCAUUCCCUACUUGGCUAACAGAGCCAAAGAAAAAAAAAGGCAGCAAGAAAGUGUUUUUGCAGGGAAGCAACAGCCAUGUUCAAAUCAAAGCGUCUGCUGUGAGGUGAGAUGUAGUGGUGCAGAAAGAGCUUAUUUUUUAUUUCCAGUCUCUGUGCUGUGCCCUGUGAAAGGGAUGAAAACACAUGCUGGUUUAGAGUAUUGCCAAAACAUGGUGCCACUCAGUAAAUAAGCAAAAGAAUAUUUGAACUAUUCAAAUGAAGGGGUUUUACAAUUUACAUUCCUAUGACAGGGUCUUUUCUAUAUCUUGAUCUUUAGCUCAGCUGGUAAGUUUAACAGAAAAUGAACAAACCAGGCAUUAGUGCAGUAUUGUUGAUGAGCCAGAGCUUUAGUAUUAAAAAUAUUUCUCAGUAAGGUUCCUUUUAACCUAUUCCCUGAAUCAAGUACUUGCCUUCAGUCUGAGACUUCAUGGAAUGACAGGAUACCAGGUUGGAAAGGACCUCAAGGAUCAUCUGGUCCAGCCUUCUUUGGCAAAAGCACGGUCCAGGCAAGAUGACUCAGCACCCAGUCAGGCAAAUCUUAUAGUCCAGCAGUGGGGAAUCCAGCAUUUCCCAGGCAUAUUCCAAGGGCUGGUUGUUCUCACUGUGAAGUCAGCACUCAACAGAGCUUCUACAGUUGCUGCAGUUGACUUCUAUACAGCAAGGUUCUCUGCCACAAACAAUGUGGCUGCUGCCUCCUCUUGUCCCCUGCCUGCAGAAGUGCCCUCUGCAUUCCUGCACAGCUCCAGCUUCAAGCCUGAAGAGCAGCAUGAGGAAAGAAGGACAACAAAUACACAGCAGUGCUUUCUUGUCAUCAUAAAUAUCUUUAUUGUGAAAAAUACCAUAAAAUAAUUCCCACAGUUCUAGAAAAAACAGUUCUUGCUUUGUAGAUUUAUGAUUCCAUAUAAAGACAUUUUAUAAUCUGAAACAUUUGAUAAACCUCUGGCUAACUUUACUUAUCCUUCUUUAAACAUGAAACUGCUACUUAGUAAUUUGCUGAGGGCGAAAAAAAAAAUUAUCCUCCCAUUAAUUUUGUUACGGCUUCAUGGAUAAAAGUGUGUAUCACAGAGCAAACAAUACCUUACAAUAAGGCACUUUUAAAUACAACUAACCUGCUAUGCUAUCCUGGCUAGUUCCCAGCAAAGCUCCUAUAAAUCACAGCCCUAAACAGAAGAAUAAUUCUUGUUCCAAACACCGGUCUGAAAACUGAAAUGAUAACAAGCAUUAGGGUUUGUUGGUUUUUUUUUAAAGUUUAAGCUAACACAUUUUCUGCAUAUGUCUCAAGUUUGAGUUCUUCAGUUUGCAAUUCACUUUGAAUCUCUUUUAACACUGAUCGAUUAUUGUAUCAGUACUUUACCAAGGAAAAUAUGCUCCCUCCCACCUUCAUUUUAAAACAAGUAGGAAACAGGUUUAUUAGAACUGAGAGAACUCCACAGAGAAAGUUUGCAUCUACAGCCGGGCCAACGAUGGGAACAAUGCUUCAUGCACAUCUCAAGGUUGACAAACUACCGAGACAUUUACUUCAAUGUUCAGUUACUGAACAUUAUUGCACUACAGACACCCACGAAUAAAUAAAAAGGCGAGUUCAGCUUCCUUGCGUGUCGUCUGCAUCAUUAACACUCAGCAUGGGACCAGCACUUCAUUUGCCAGAGUCAUGUCAGGAAAUGCAGCGCCGGAGCUGGAGAGCCUUGCAACACAAAUGGUUUCUUUUAAACACAACUUUGUCUUUCUGUUUUCCCAGAAUACCUCAACGCCCUUCGAAACAGCACCGGGGUGGUUAACACUUCUUGUGCACAGCAGCUGCUCAAUACUAGGAGAGCCUUGUUCUCCACUGUCGUGUUUUGCAAUUGUUUCCAAGAACCUGUCUUCCAACAAAAGGAAUCUAUGAACAGCAAUCAUGCAUCAAUCAUCUUCCUUCUUCUACUGACUACAUUCAAGCUUUGUUGUUCUUAAAAUGUAAUUUUCCCGUUCCCGUUCAUUCA